AUGUCUGACAACCCUUUGCUUAAUAAAUUAUCAAAAGACCAAUUCAAUGCUUCAGUGAAAUUCUAUGAAGCUGAUUCACAACUUUCUCAUGAAAAUAGAGUCUCCUUAGAAUCCCAUUUGAAAGGAACUCUCCUCAAAAUAGGUCUUGUGAGUUAUACUGUUGCUACUUUAGGUUUCUCAGGUCCUUCAAUUUAUAAAAGAUUCUACCUUGGGGGUCCCACAAAACUUAUUCAUCGUCCUUUCUUAUCAUUCUUAACAGGUGUUUCUUCAUUGAUAAUGGGUAACGAAUUGGCAGGAAGAUAUUACUACCAGAGGAAAUCUGAAGAGUUGAAAUCUCAAACCCUUGAAUACGAUGCUUGGAAUGCCAUGGAAAGACAUCAAUUGUCUUUGUUCUAUUUAUAUUAUUUAAAGACCAGUCAGGACGAGAGUUAUAAGGUGAAAGAUCCCAGGUCGUUCAGGUCUAACGAUUUACACCAAGUUCAUUACAAUCCUCCAAAGAAGCAACCUAAUCCCAAGCCCAUGUUUGGAGAGAGCGAGGCUCCAGCUAUGGGCUCCGAAGGUUCUGAAAGUAUAGGCUCAGAAACCCUUGACCCACAGUCUAAUGGGGCCUUCGGAACUUCAGACUCUGAACUUUCCACUUGGGAACGUAUUAGAAUCGCUAAUGGUUACGGUAAAAACUAA